AUGCGCCCGCUGACGCGCGCGGAGCGAGGCACUGGGCUUGCGCGGGCCUCCCGCUCUACCCGCAGUCUCAGCCCGACGACCUCCGACUCCGCGUCCUCCGCCUCGUCCUUUUCCUCUUCCUCCUGCUCUUCUUCGCUCUCUUCGUCCUCUGCCUCGUCCUCGUCCACUUUCACGCGGUCUUCUCCGACGUCAGGCUCCUCUUCGCCCUCCUCCCCCACGAGCUCGCCGCGCGAUCGCCCGCGCCUCGCCGCGCAUGCGGCGGACAGGGACGCCGAUCCGCAUCCGGCCUCGAAGGUGGCAGAUCCCCUCCGCACCUCCGGUCCGCCGAAGCCUGUCUUCGGGGGCUCAGUCCCGUCGCCGCAGCGCGAGCGACUCGCGCCGUCGGCCGAAGAGUUGACGCUCGCGCCGCCGCGUGGAGGCCGUGCGGGGGAGAAAGGCUCGCGCCCUCUUUCAGGGUGGGCGGCUGAGGCUGAGCGAAGCAGAAGCGGCGGCGAGCGCCGCCGCUCGCCACAGAGAGACGCGGCGCGACGGGCAGGCUGCCCCUUCGCCGCGGACCCGUGCGCGGACUCGCGGCUGCCGUCCUGCGACGCGUCUUCGUCCUCAGAAGGGUCCCCUGCCUUCGUAGAGGCCCCCAGACCCUCCCCGCUGCUGUCGCAGAGUCUGCCCUCCUACUGGGCCGACCGGCCGGAGGCGAACCCAUUCCUGCCUUCGGCGCCUCUCCAGCAGCAAGACGCGCGCUUCAGCCCGCGAAAUCCGCUCAAGGGCACGGAGGAGUCGCCGCUCAACCAAGUGUACGUCCGCAAGCAGAAGGACGGCUCGAUGCUGAUAUACGUUUCUGCGCACCUCGACCAGCUCCUCUUGCGGGCCUUCAAAAACUUCUCUUUCAACGGAUACAUGACCGAGGAGAGAUGGCUUCACAUGUGCGUAGAGGCACACCUCUAUCCGCGGAGCAAAGACCCCGAUAUUCUCAAGUACAUGUUCAGGGGCAUCGCCAAAGGAAACAAAGUGAUAGAGUUCGAUAGUUUUCUCCAGAUUCUUCACCGUCUCGCGCGCUACAAAUUUCGGAAUAUGCGCCAACUGAGCGACGAAGAUGCGGUCAACGCAGUCCUCGUGCAUUUGUUCCGCUACCCGCAUCUGUUCGAGGGACGCCGGCUGCGCGACUGCGGCGUGCAAGUCUCCACGACCUCGCGGGAGGUGGCGGUUGGGUGCUCCUUUGCGCGGAAAGACCAGGGCGUCAACGCCAAGCCUGAAGUGAAGAUCAGCGAAGUUCAAGCCGGCUUCGAGACGGAGGAACGGUCCAUGAUGGCCCAACCCGAGCAGGAGACUGUGCAGACUGGUGUGGAGGGCCUCGUCUGCGGCAGGACCGUCGCGGUGCAGACCGACCAGCCGCCGAAGGCGCAGGACUCAGCGAGCACGCAGUUCGAGAAGCCGCCAGAGCCACAGAAGAAAGCGGCGACCUGUCAGACCGAGUCAGAAAAGCUCAAGGCGACGGCGGUGCAGACCGACGAGACCGGAGCCCCCCCCAAGCUCCAGAAGACCGGCGCCGAAGUCGACACGUUCUUUACCUGCAACACCCAGCUGAAAAGAUGCAUCGCGCUGGAGGGAGGCGACGAGAGCGAUCUCUUCAAGAUCUUUUGCUGUUACAGCUCUUACGACGAAGAGCUGCUGCAAAAUCUGAUGACAGAAAAAGCCUGUGCAGUGCUCUGCAAGGACUCAGCGAUUAUGGAAAUUCCGCACCACCCAGAGAUCGCGGGCCUUCCGCCGCAGCAGGCGCGGAAAAUCUACCGUGACGUGCUGGAGAGCCGCUCGGUGGUGAACCCGCUGCGGAUGCGCACGGCUGGUCGGCGGCGGCGAGUCAGCAAGCUCGAUCUCCUUUUGCAAAAAAAAGACAAAGAAGAAACCGAGAAGUCACGUCCGUCCAAGGGCGCAAGCGGCAAGGAAGCCCAGAAAGAUGAAAAACAAGCCGACGCCACCAGCCGAGCGCAGAAAGAGGAGACCAGCGAUGAGGCCUCCACCGUGGGAUCAGACGACGAAAGCGGCGAGGCUUCCCGCAUCACCUACGUUGAGUUCAAAACGAUUCUGUACUACUUCGCCCAGGUCAUGUUUGAGCAGCUGAGGCCGCGCAGUGCGUUUUUGAAGCUUGUCAGAGAGAACCUCAUUGACAGCUUCUUCAAGCGCCAGAAAAACGUCUACAUGGCCUUUGCAGGGAGACUAGGCGACGGCGUCGAGAGCGUCGUCGACGUCUCCGAUGCCAAUCCGUUCUUCGGGGGCUACGACGCGCAAGAGUUACCCACGCGGGACCAUUCGGGGGGGACGAGGAGUCACCACGCAAGGAAGCUCUCGCAGCCGGGCGGGCGUGGCCUCUCUGAAAGCACGUGGGACGGUGCAGAGGGCGACAAGAACGCCCUGGGGUUCGAGGGAAGUCCCCGUUUCCUCCGCACUGACGACACCUGCCUGGGCGAGCGACAGAGAUCUUUCGCCGCAGGCGCCGUCGCGGCGUCGCCGUUCCCAGGGGCGCCCUACGGGUUCUCGCCCUACUACGCGCCGCCAGCCAUGUAUCCUGUCGCCUUCAACUCUGGAGGUGCGAGGGAAAAGGCGCAAAGAAGGGGAGGCGUGUGCAUCAGACCUGCCAACUAA